AUGAGCAACAGGCCAAGGCCGACCAUUUUCUACAGCUUCUUUGAACCGGAGGAUACACCUCAGGUAUACUACAUGAGAGUGGAGCAAGGUGGUCUCAAAACCCGAGAUCUCAUGAGAGAAUGGCCAGUGAAAAAGAUUCUGACUUCAAGAGACAUAAACUAUAGUCAAGUUGUACUGCCAAGGGAUCAAGUUGAAGACUCUCUACUUCCAAAAUUAAAUCCCGACGAGCAGAAUAGGAUUAAUCGCGGCCAACAGUUGCCGAUUACGGUGAGAGACCUCGAAACCUUAACGGAGCACCAGUUGAAAUUGUGGGAAAAUGGUUCUUCCUAUGUUCUUACUUCUGGGUGGAGUCCUUCUUUUGUAAGGCGUAGGGCACUGGAAAUUGGUGAAGAAGUAGGAUUUUGUUGGGAUCAGAGACUUCGUGUGCUGCGUUUUUCUGUGCGUAGUCGUCCACCUGCUCGUCCUCUUGCUACUGCUGCUUCUCCACCUCCUCCUCCUGCUAAUCCUGUAGAGUUGAUCAGUUUGGCCAUGAGAUGA